AUGAGAAAAGAACCCACUGGCAUACAGAUGAUGGCCAUGGGCACGGUGGGCGGCAUCUGUGGGCUGCCCAAGUUGCCAGCAAUGCAACAAAGUUUGGCACUGAAUAAGGAGUGGCUUGAGUAUCACUGGAGUGUUAAUUAUCUUGGGCAUUUCUUAUUGACCCAACUGUUGUGGCCAGUAUUGAAAGCCAGCUCUACUCCAGACCAGCCUGCACGUGUUGUCAAUCUCUCGUCUUCAAUCCAUUACCUUGGCUCAAUAAAUUUUGAUGACAUCAACAGCAAAAUCCAUUACAAUGCACAGACAGCUUAUGCACAAAGCAAACUAGCUCUGCUGAUGUUUACCAAAGAAUUAGAUGAACGAAUUAGGGCAGCAGGGGAAAAUAUCACUGUUAAUGCAGUGCAUCCUGGAGUUGUGGCCACAGAGCUGUUCCAGCAUGUGGCCUGGGCACGAUACUUCCCAUGGUUGGCCAGAACCUUUUUAAAGACUCCUAAACAAGGAUCAGAUACAGUGGUUUAUGCGGCACUUUCCCAGCUAGUGCUUGAUGGUGGCCAUUAUUACGAAAAUUGUACCAUAACCCGUCCAGCUGUCAUGAAACCCAAUGAUUUACGCCAUCUCUGGGAAAUCUCUUGUCAGCAGUGCAAAAUUAUUGACUUUGGUGGUUUGUAAAGAGAUAGGAUGAAGUGAAAAAUUUGUUAAUACUCUUUUAUAUAGAAAUGUGGUAUGAUGUGAUAUAUUAUGACUAAAUCCCAGAAGACCAAGACACCUUGUUUGAGUAUAUUGGUAAGUUGCACCGUCAAAACCUUGAUUGAACAUCGGCUUUUAAAAUAUGGUUGGUUGUUUUUGUACCACUGUACUUAAAGAGUAUGGAUUAGAUUAUGCAUUACCAUCUGGCAUAUUUCUCCAGCUGCUACAAGGCCAGAGUGCUACCACCCCUGUCCUUGUAAUAGUACUUCCUGGUUCCACACAACCCUCCUUCUGUACCCUCAUCCAGCCAUCAACAUGAUGCCCAUCACUGUCUUCUCCACACCCUCCUAUCCCUUUGUGUGGUUGGCUCAUGGGGUGAAUGAAUUUCUCAAGAGAUUUUUUUGUUUAUAAUGUACAUGUAAAUACAGGUUUAUUGCUGUGUAUGUUGGGAUAAAUAUACAUAUUUUGUUUUGUGUUGUGCACCUGUUGUUUCCACAAUUUUUGUAAAUAUUUUGUAAUUGCACUCACUUGCAGCGAAUAACUUUUGUAUGGUACAGGUCCUCCUGACUUUAGCUAAGACUUUAUGUUGCAUUUACAUCAAAUGAUUGCUAAAGCUAUGUAUUGCAGUUCUGGUAGUUUUCUAUCCAUAUGAAUACCACUUUGGUCUUAAAUGAGAUAUUUUACAUUUCUUAAUUGCCCAAACACCAUUUCCUUUCUUCUGAAAUUCCAUUUGGUUUUAAAUAAUUUUUCUGUGAUGGUAAUCAUCACAUGAUUAGAUUUGCUAGUAUAUGUUAAACACUGAUAAACAUUCCAUUUCUUGUUAUAUCUCAACAGGGCAGUAAUUUCUGUUCUGAUAGUGAGAUAGAUGCUCCAAAUGUGUCUUUUCAGCAUCUGUGAUAUGAAAUGAGAACAUGCAUGUAAUAUUUUUGUAUUACAAUUAUACCCUUUUUAUAGCAGUAGCAGAUAUAAAAUGCAUGUGUAAGGUAGA